GGUUUUUUGUUCUGGUUGUAAAAAAAUGCUUUGUGAGGGGCAAACUGCAUAUCAUAAGACAGGAUCUACUCAGCUCUUUUGCUCCACACGAUGCAUCACUGGAUAUUCUUCACCUGUCUGCCUACCACCUCCUCCCAAGAAAACCUGCACAAACUGCUUGAAGUAUAAAAUUCUUAAUUAUUUCCCUUUUUACUUAAUUUUUUUAGUGUAUAUAUAGUUCAGUUCAAACACACUGUUGCUACUUUAAAUCUCUUUAGCACAUUGCUUUGGAAAUAGCUUUUUAGCUAAUUGAGAAAUUUGCAAGUUCUAAAGUUAAAUAAGUGACUUCAUUUUAAACGUAUUGCCUAAACCAACUUUCCUAUCCUUUUCAGUUUAAAUUUUACUGUGUAAAGAAAUAACAAACCAUUUGUAGGAAUUGCAGGACCAUCCAUAUAUCCUGUAAUUGUAGACAGCAAUCAUUCAAAAUGGUUAUCUUGAAAGUUAUUGAAGUAUAGAAUAAAUAUGACCCAUCUAAUAGUACAUGAAAGUUAAUUCUUUAUAAGGUAAAAACUCAAAAUGGCCACAAAAAUACUGUGUUUAUUUCUAAAAAAUCCUUGUGAGCUUUUGUUGGGGCCAUUUUUGCAUUCUAUAAUGUAAAGAUAUAGAGUGAGGAAGAAAUAGCAACAAAGUCACAUAAACUUCUUUCUUUACUUCAAACUUACUUGAGUAAGUUUGAAGAAUUUGGCAUGUUUUGCCUAUUCCUGUGGUAGUGAAAUUCUAGGGAUGCAGUGCAUUGUCAGUAGCCACUAAUGUAGGGCAAGAAAAGUUAAGAGCUUGGUUUUGGACCAUGGCUCUGUCACUUACAAGCCGUAUGACUUUGGGCUAGAAAACUUUUCUUAGCCUUGGUUUCUUUAUUGGUAAAUAGUAUCUACUUUCUCAGAUUUUAAUGAGGAUAAUAUUAGCACAGGGCCUAGCACAUAGCAAAUGCUUAGUGGGAUCCUAUUAUUUUUAAUAAUAACAUUAAUAUUGUGUAUAUUUAACAUAAUUUGCAGGGCCCUCUUUUGUCUUUGGAGAUAGAUUACAGUUUCUUAAUCUGUUGGGUGUGUUGGCCUUAGGUAUCUAAAAGCACAUCUUGUUAAAAUGGAACUCUCCAAUUAAAAGGGAGAAGAACUUUAAUAAUAUUUUACUUAAAUCUUCAAAUUUAGUUUUUUCUAAAAUGCCUUUCUAAUGCUUUAAUUCUUUUAUGUCAUUGUCAUGAAACUGAUUUGGAAGAGUAGUUUUCUGUUUUUAGAUAUUCAACAGAUCAAAUACCAAAAGAAAAUGAAUUAAAUUUUAAAGAAUCCAAAUGCAUAUUAUUCUCUUAAAAAUAGUCACUCUUAAAAAAAAAAAGUCACUCUUGUCAGGGAAUUUUUAGCACAGUGCUGCUCUUACUCAAAAAAAUUUUGAUCUUGUUUAUUUGGCAUUGCCUCCAGUGCCUUUGAAACAUUCCUUUAGGCUAAGUUAGGUGACCAGUCUGUUUUCAGCAUGGUUUGGUUUUUCCAAGUUGCCAAAAGUUAGUUGAUGUCCUAUCAGCUAUCAUAGAUGAUUAAACUGGUUCACACUGUUUAACAUGACACUUAACUAUAAAAUCAGAAAGUUGUUCUUAGAGUUCUUAUAAACAAAAAGAGAAGUUACAAAAAAUGUUUGAGCCAUGUUGUUGUUGGAAAAGGUAUGGUUUUUCCAAGAGAGAGUGUAAUAUUAUGCAUAAGGUUUAAAUGCAUUUAUAUUUAUGUCCAUAGAUUUUCAUUAAAAAAGCCAUUCUCAUUGGUUUACUUAUAUUUAUUUAUACAUUAUGCCACUGGCAGAUUCAUGUUAUUAAAUGAAAUUCUUUGUUGCUCUGUCCUUAGUAGAAAAACGCUUUUCAGAAUUAGUACUUCUUCUGUGUGUAAGCAUAUCCAUUUGGUUUCCAAGACUCACUGCCGUAUUUUUAAGGUUAGGUGAGUUAGAAAAUUAAAGUACUUUGUUAUUGUUAUUCUUUCAUAGCUUACAAUGGAAGAGUUCUAUGUAAUAAAAAGGUACAGUAGGGGAGGCAGAAUAGUGAAAUGAUUAACUCCUUGGACUGCAGAAUCAGAUUGCCCGGAUUUAUGUUGUGGCUUCACUGCUUACCAGCUGUAUGACUUUGACCAGUUAUUUAACUUUUUUGAUUUGGUCUCAUCUGUAAAAUGGCAAUUAUAAUAAUACCUCAUAGAGUUUUUGUGAUAAUUAAAAUUGUGUAAUUUGAAUAAACAGAACAAUACCUGGCACAUAGUAAUUUCUUGGUAUACAGUAUUGUAGUAUACAAUUUAUUAUUCUUUACUUGGUGGUCUAUACUACUGUAACUGUUUCCUUCAGUUUUUAUGCUUAGCAGAAGAAUGGCAAUACUUAGCCUCUGUUUUUACUUUCAGUGCUUAAUGCAGCAAUGAGCUCUUAGAAAAUGACUCUAGGAGUCUCACAGAAAAACUCAAUUAUUUGUGUCUUCAUACUUGUUUCCAUUUGUCCUCUGCUACCAAGACUCAAUAGCCCUUUUGUCAUCUGCUUCUUUGAUCUCUUUAGUUAUAGCUAAAUUUCUUCAGUUAUAGCUAAUACAAUGCUAUUUUUUAUGUUUAUUUUGGUACUUUGUUUCCCAAAUAUUGUAUUUAAAUUAAAACCUUUUCUUAUCUCAUCCAUGUUUUUACUCUUGGCAGCUGCUGGCUAGAAAAUGGACGAGUGUUUUAUGGUCUGGAGUUGGGGGAUGGUCACUUUUCUGUUGACUCAGUGGAUGAAACUUGGUUGGAGCUGGAAGCCUCACUGUUUUUGUCAUGAGCAUCUGAGACAUUUUAAAUCCAAAGGGGGUGAUCACAACCCGAUUUGAAAAUUCUCCCAGCAAAGAUUUCUGCAGCCAAUCAUGCCUUUCUUCCUAUGAGCUAAAGAAAAAACCUGUUGUUACCAUAUAUACCAAUAGCAUUUCAGCUAAGUGCAGUAUGUGUCAGAAGAAUGCCGAUAUUCGAUUUGAAGUUAAAUUUCAAAAUGUGUUACAUGGUCUUUGUAGUGAUGCCUGUUUUUCAAAAUUUCACUCUACUAACAACCUCACCAUGAACUGCUGUGAGAACUGUGGGAGCUAUUGCUGUAGCAGCUCUGGUCCUUGCCAGUCCCAGAAGAUUUUUAGCUUCACAAGUGUCACAGCAUAUAACCAGAAUUCAGCCCAAAUGCCUCCAUUUGCCUUGGGGAAAUCAUUGAGGCCCUCAGCUGAAAUGAUUGAGACUACGAAUGACUCAGGAAAAACUGAGCUUUUCUGCUCUGUUAAUUGUUUAUCUGCUUACAGAGUUAAGAUGGUUAGUUCUUCAGGUGUCCAGGUUUCAUGUCAUAGUUGUAAAACCUUAGUGAUUCCUCAGUAUCACCUAGCCGUGUCCAGUGGGACUAUUUACACCUUCUGCAGCCCCAGUUGUGUGGUGGCUUUCCAGAAUGUAUUUAACAAGCCAAAAGGAAUAAACUCUUCAGUGGUGCCCCUGUCUCAGGGCCAGGUGGUUGUAAGCCCACCCUGUGGGUCAGCAGUGUCAGUGGGAGGAGGUAACCCCUGUGCUGCUUUCCCCAGCUGCACCAGGGGCUCUGCUGCAGCCCGUCUACAGUCUCUUGCUGCCCAAUCCCAGAAGGCUAAUUUAACCCAUACAGUUGUUAAACUCACGUGUCAGCACUGCAGCCAUCUGUUUGCCACAAAACCAGAACUUCUUUUCUACAAGGGUAAAAUGUUUCUGUUUUGUGGCAAGACUUGCUCUGAUGAAUACAAAAAGAAAAAUAAAGUUAUGGCAAUGUGUCACUACUGUAAGCUGCAGAAAAUUAUCAAGGAGACUGUCCGAUUCUCAGGGGUUGACAAGCCAUUCUGUAGUGAAGUUUGCAAAUUCCUUUCUGCCCGUGACUUUGGAGAACGAUGGGGAAACUAUUGUAAGAUGUGCAGUUAUUGUUCACAGACAUCCCCUAACUUGGUGGAAAAUCGAUUCGAGGGCAAAUUAGAAGAGUUUUGUUGUGAUGACUGCAUGUCCAAAUUUAUAGUUCUGUUUAAUCAGAUGGCCAAAUGUGAUGGUUGUAAACGACAGGGUAAGCUAAGUGAGUCCAUAAAAUGGCAAGGAAACAUCAAACGUUUCUGUAACCUGUUUUGUGUCUUGGAGUUUUGUGAUCAGGAAGUUAUGAAUGACCCUCUUUCACAAAAUAAAGGAAAUAUUUCUAAGGCGCACACUGCUUCAGUGAAAUUUCCCUCUUCAAGGACAAACACAACUCCAGUUAUAACCAAUGUGGUUUCAUUGGCAAAAAUACCUCCUGCCCAGCCGAGGGCGAGCACUAAUUGUGUCUUAAAAGGUGCAGUUAUUAAAGAGGCAGCAAAGAUCAUUGAAAGUGUAAAUGCCAUGAAACUUCUAUCCUCCCAGUCUUCCAGGAUUUUAAAGAACAAGGCAUUAUUGUGCAAGCCUGUCACACAGACCAAGGCCACUUCUUGCAAACCACAUACACUGCACAAGGAAUGUCAGACAGAUUUACCUAUGCCUACUGAGACAAAUGAUGCGGAACUUGAUUCUCCACCUGCAAAGAAAAAAAGAACAGGUUUUUUCCAGACUUAUGAUGAGGAAUAUUUAAAAGUUGGUUUUAUUAUCUGUCCAGGAUCAAAAGAAAGUUCACCAAGGCCACAAUGUGUCAUUUGUGGAGAAAUCUUACCCACUGAAAGCAUGAAGCCAGCAAAUCUUUUUCAUCAUUUGAAGACAAAACAUUCAGAAUUAGAAAAUAAGCCAGUCGAUUUUUUUGAGCAAAAAUCUCUUGAAAUGGAAUGUAAAAAUGGUUCUUUAAAAAAGUGUUUACUAGUUGAAAAGUCACUUGUGAAAGCUUCAUAUUUAGUUGCUUUCCAAAUUGCUGUUAGCAGGAAGCCAUUCUCCAUUGCUGAAGAAUUAAUUAAACCAUAUUUAGUAGAAAUGUGUUCAGAGGUUUUGGGUUCAAGUGCUGGAGACAAAAUGAAAACCAUUCCUCUUUCCAAUAAUACGAUUGGACACAGGAUUGAUGAACUUUCUGCAGACAUUGAAGAUCAGCUGAUUCAAAAAGUCAGAGAGUCAAAGUGGUUUGCCCUUCAGAUAGAUGAGUUAUCAGAAAUUUCAAAUAUCACCCUUCUUUUGUGCUAUAUUCGUUUCAUUGAUUAUGAUUGUAGUGAUAUAAAAGAAGAAUUAUUAUGUUGCAUCGAAAUGCCUUCUCAAAUAACUGGUUUUGAAAUUUUUGAACUAAUAAAUAAAUAUAUUGGUAGUAAAUCUCUGAAUUGGAAACAUUGUGUUGGUCUCUGUACAGAUGGAGCUGCAAGCAUGACUGGCAGGUGUUCUGGUUUAAGGGCAAAAAUUCAAGAUAUUGCCACAAAUAGAGUGGCAUUUACAUAUUGUUGUAUUCACCGUGAACAUCUAGCAGCAGAAAAUCUGUCUCCGUGCUUACAUGAAAUUCUUUUUCAGUCAGCCCAAAUUUUAAGUUUUAUAAAGAGCAAUGCAUUGAAUUCACGUAUGUUAACAAUUUUGUGUGAAGAAAUGGGGUCUGAGCAUGUGAAUUUACCACUUCAUGCUGAAGUACAUUUGAUAUCAAGAGGGAGAAUUUUAACAAGAUUAUUUGAAUUACAACAUGAAAUUAAAAUUUUUUUACAUCAAAAGCAUUCAGAUUUGGCCAAGUAUUUUCUUGAUGAGGAAUGGGUUGCAAAGCUGGCCUAUUUAUCAGAUAUUUUUUCACUUGUAAAUGAACUAAACUUAAGUCUCCAAGGAACUAUGACUACACUCUUCAAUUUAUAUAAUAAAAUGGAUAUAUUUAAGGAAAAGUUAAAAAUGUGGUUGAAGCGCAUACAAGAGAAUAAUUACGACAUGUUCCCAUCGUUUUCCGAAUUCUCAAACUCAUCAGACUUAAAUAUAAGAAGCAUUACAAGCAUUAUUUUUGAACACCUGGAUGGACUUUCUCAAAUGUUCAAUGAUUGUUAUCCACCAGAAGACGACUUGCUUUCAGGAAAUUUGUGGGUAACUAAUCCGUUUAUGAAUCACCAAAAUAGUAAUCUCACAGACUUGGAAGAAGAAAAACUAGCACAGUUAUCGUCAGAUUUAGAAUUACAGUUAGUAUUUAAAUCAAUGUCUGUAACUCAGUUUUGGAUAAAAGCAAAGGCAGGUUACCCAGAACUCCAUGAAAAGGCAAUGAAGCUUUUACUGCCUUUUGCAACCAUCUAUUUAUGUGAUGCUAUGUUUUCAGCUUUGACUGAGUCAAAACAAAGAAAUCUGUUGGUUUCUGGCCCUGCCCUAAGACUUGCAGUCACAUCUUUAAUUCCAAGGAUAGAAAAAUUGGUAAAGGAGAAAGAGUAGUAACACACAUAUUGCUUAUAGUCAAAAUCUGUUAAUUUUGUGUUAAAUUUUGUAUAAGUAUCCUGAAAUAUAAUUUCCUAAUGUGGAGAUGUGUUUUCAGUGAUUAAAUAAGUGUUCUAAUAAUU